CCAAACAGCAUUGUGCCCAACUACUUGAACAUGUCGGUACCUCCUUAUCCUGCGCUUACACGGGCACUCAUCGUUGAUGAUUCCACAUUGGCCUGGACCCUUGAGCCUCGUGGCAAAGCUUCCGUGGGUGCUGUCAUAUAUGGACUUAUC